UGAGAUGCUCGAUCUGAUCCAAGUAUCCAACAACACAACUCCCUGCUCUGCCUUCCUCCCCGCAGAAAAAACCCCCUCUCUGCCCUCCACACCUCGUGCACGCCGUCCGCGCAUACGCACAGCAAAGCCGGCUUCCCGCGAGCUCUUCCUCCUCACAUCCAUGGCCGCAUUAUCAGCGAAGGCCAUACAAAAUGCAUUCUUGGCACAAGAUGGUCCACGGACUAGGCACAACACAAGAUAUACCUGUGAUUUUUGUGCCCUCAAUACCCGCAGCAUGCAUUCCGUCCAGGGGUGUAGAUUAUCAUUAGCUGAUACUUCAGCCAAGUGGUUAAAUACCACAUCAACAGCAUGGAUUAGCUUCGGGAAACAAGCAAAUAUUAGCUGCAAUGGUCUGUUCUAGGCUCUCAAUGAUCGUUAUUAGUUUACCUACUCAAGGUGCCAGUGAUGUCUUGUCCAUUGACAAAGUUGAUUUCCUCAAGCUCCAAAAUGGCAGUGAUAUUCGUGGUGUUGCUAUUGCUGGGGUUGAAGGUGAGCCUCUCAAUCUCACGGAGCUUGUCGCUGAAGCUAUAGCUGCUGCAUUUGCUGCAUGGUUAUUAAACAAGAAGGAAGCCGAUGGCUUGAGACGUUUAAGAAUCUCUGUUGGACAUGAUUCACGAAUUUCUGCUCAUAAAUUGCAGAAUGCAGUUACUCAUGGAAUCACUGCUGUCGGACAUGAUGUUCUACAGUUUGGAUUGGCUUCAACACCGGCAAUGUUCAACAGCACACUUACCGAAGAUGCGAUACAUCAUUGCCCAGCAGAUGGAGGCAUAAUGAUAACAGCGAGCCAUUUGCCCUACAAUCGGAAUGGUUUCAAGUUUUUUACAAGUGAUGGUGGUCUAAAUAAGACUGAUAUUAAAGAUAUAUUGGAGCGGGCUUCUAGAAUAUACGAGGAAUCUGCGCAUUGUGGCAAACAAGAACAGACCGGUGUCGUAACUCAUGUGGACUACAUGUCAAUUUAUGCUUCCGAUCUAGUGCAAGCAGUUCGUAAAUCUGCUGGAAACAAAGAGAAACCAUUGGAGGGACUGCACAUAGUUGUUGAUGCAGGGAAUGGAGCAGGUGGCUUUUUUGUGGACAAGGUACUAAAACCAUUAGGAGCUGUUACUGAUGGGAGCCAAUUCCUGGAGCCUGAUGGUUUGUUUCCCAAUCAUAUUCCGAAUCCUGAGGACAAAGCUGCAAUGGAAGCCAUUACACAAGCAGUGCUUAAUAAUAAGGCAGACUUGGGCAUCAUAUUUGAUACGGAUGUUGACAGGUCAGCUGCUGUUGAUUCCAGUGGACGUGAGUUGAACCGCAACCGAUUAAUUGCUUUGAUGUCUGCCAUAGUUCUUGAGGAGCAUCCAGGAACCACUGUUGUGACUGAUAGCGUGACAUCAGAUGGACUGACUGUAUUUAUUGAGAAGAAACUUGGAGGGAAACACCAUCGAUUCAAGCGAGGAUACAAGAAUGUAAUCGAUGAGGCUAUUCGUCUGAAUUCUAUUGGUGAGGAAUCACAUUUGGCGAUGGAAACAAGUGGCCAUGGAGCACUAAAAGAGAAUCACUGGCUCGAUGAUGGAGCGUAUAUGAUGGUUAAACUUCUGAAUAAACUUGCUGGUGCCAGAACAUUGAACCCAAACAUCGGUAGUAAAGUUUUGACUGAUUUGGUCGAGGGCCUUGAGGAGGCUGCUGUGACAGUGGAGAUAAGGUUGAAGAUUGAUCAAAAUCAUGCAGAUUUGAAAGGAGGGCCCUUCCGUGACUAUGGAGAAUCAAUCUUGAAACAUUUGGAGAGUGUGAUCAGUAAAGACCCAAAUCUUCGCAAAGCCCCAAAGAAUCAUGAAGGCGUCAGAGUUUCUGGAUAUGGUGGCUGGUUCCUGUUGAGGCUAUCCCUCCAUGAUCCAGUUCUUCCCCUUAACAUUGAGGCACAAAGCAAGAAUGACGCCAUUAAGCUCGGACUUGCAGUGCUUGCUGCUGCGAAUGAAUUUUCAGCAUUGGACACAAUUGCAUUGAACAAGUUUUUGCAGCAGUGAAGGGUAGGAAAAUCGAUUGAUCUGCAGCCUUUGCAUGGCUUGUUCGUCUGUGUUGAGCUGGAUUUGGAUACAGGGCAACAGUACUAUACAAAGAAAUACUUGUUUCAAACUAUGCCCUACCCAUAUAUACUUCACUUGGCCUCUCCUUGGUAAGGAAGUACCGAAACGAAUUCUUCAUGUUCUCCAGCAGAUGACAAAGCAAUUGUCAAAAAUCUUGCAUACUGACAUGGCCGCAUGGAUGCUUUGUCCUUGAAUAUUUGCAACUUAAUAGUUAGGCCCUGAAAUCUCAGAAAUCUGCAAGGCAGAAACAUUUAUGAACUGCUUUUGAAUUGAAUGAAGUAUCUCCUGCUUGAUUU